GUUAUGAUGAGGAAAAGUGAGAUGUGUGUAGAUACCAAUGUGAUCAAAUCGCGUGUCUAUGCUGACUGACAUGAGAAGAAAUCAUGGCCUUACUCGAAGACGGACCCCGGUUGCCAUCGCUGGGCGCUGUACGACCCACCAAUCUCUCUAACCCAGGCACUUCCCUUCUGUCUCCGCCUUUAACAUCCUCAGCGUCCAAUGUGCCGCAUAGCACAAGCACAAUACAAGGUUACGGGAUGAGGUUGGGCCACGGGCAGCAGGGUACAUUGUCCUCCUCUGCGCCUCUAGUGAUGAUCCCGAUUAACAAGAAGAUCUCAGAGGCAGAGGACUCUUCGGUGCUCGCUCUCGCCAACAGGUCUCUCUCCGCUGUGCCAAAUGAAGUCUACUUCGCUGCUGGUGACAAACUCAGCGAUACUAGAUUUGUCGACAUAUCAAAAAAUUGUCUCUCCGAACUGGGCGAUGGGCUCUGUAAACUUAUGUCUCUGAACGGACUCAACUGCGAAAAGAACUCUAUUCGUAGUAUUUCGCCUUUCGUCUCUAACCUAGUGCACCUUCAAUUUCUCAAUCUUAGCUGUAAUCUUUUGACUGAAUUGCCAGAGGCCUUAUCCAGAAUUUCGAGACUGAAGAUUUUAAUUUUAUGCAGCAAUAAUAUUGCGUCAGUGACGCCACAUAUCGCUAGACUGACUCACCUCGAGAAACUGGAUGUGAGUCACAACGAGAUCACCACUCUGCCAGAUGAGAUCUGCAGACUGAGUGCUCUCAGGUGUCUCAAUCUCAGACAGAAUGCAUUGAGAACUCUGCCGGAAGAAUUGGGUAAGCUGGAACUGCACACACUGGACAUAUCUGUAAACAGAUUGCGACAUCUACCCCUGUCCUUGACUCGCAUGCGAGUGUGUCUGAAGGAACUAUCCGUUCACGACAACCCUCUAGACUCACCCCCUUUACAUAUCGCGAGGAGAGGCAGGACACACGUGCUAAACUAUCUCUCCAAACAGGAGGUCACUGAAAGAGUCAAAUUGGGACUGCUCAUGCAUCCGAACACUACUAACAGUAGUGCCAACCCUAACAACACACAGCCUUCAUUCAAUUUCGGUGCUUCGCAUGGGGGCUUCAGUGCAAAUGGCGCAAAAAACUCGAGUCGUGACUCUGGCUACCAGACGAGUGAGAGUGAGGGCAGCUUAGUGCGCAAUGCAUGGGCCAGCAGAUCAUUUCCAUCCCAAGGCCACGUCACGAAGACUACCAGGUCAAACAGUCUCAGCAACGGACCCCCGAGCUCUAAUCAACUGACAGCUGCUGUUGUUCAUGCGAACAAUGCAGCCAGCAACUUGAAGACAGAAGUUCCGAGGAAGUACAGUGCGGUUGAUUGCCAAGUUUUACAACACAGCCAGGCAACCCGUAUCAAAUCUACAGAACGGUCAAAUAGCUUUGAAAGUGCUCAAAUUCAUUCCAAACACAAGGUGGACCAUUCCACGACACAAAAUACCCAACAUCCGAUUAUAUCCAAAGAUAAUGUAUCGCGCAGGGUAUCGAUGCCCUCUCCUGCUUCAAAUCACAAGGCGAUCAACAGAUCCUCGCAUGACAGUGUAGAUUCCACUUCUUCGACGUUGACAGAUGCCAGCAAUGAAAAUUCACCUGUGCGCCAAAAUCCUCUGCACAAGAAUCUGGUGACAGUGAAUGGACAUGGAGAUGUGCGCAGUCGGAAUGCACGAGACGAAAUCAACUUGGCCGACUUCGAGAACUUUGAUGACGACGAUGACCAGGAUGAGGGGGAAGAAGAGGCUAUCUUGGCAUCUAUCAGAAGAAGAUCGAAUGCUCUCAGCUUCAGUGAAACGCCGGAAAACGGGACGCUUGAUGCGAGGAAAACAGAACAGACUACUUGUGAAGCAGUUCCAUACAAUGAAGAAAGAAAAUGUCCGAUUGUAUUCGACUGUGACACAUUAACCCUUCACUCCCCACCCCUUCAGUCUGAUAACUCAAUUGCGAACACCCCACCCACUAACUACAAAAGACAAACAGCUACUUCUUACAAUUCUCCUUCUUCGUCUAAACACGAGGCUUAUAACAGAACUCCACUCGGAAAACAACGAAGUGUGCCAGGGUGUAUUCAACUACAACAACAACAAGGAACAUACAGUGUACUACAGGGAUACCUUGCAACUGCUAAUACAUUGAAACAGAACAACUCCUUUGUCGCUUCCUACUCCCAACAUAUCAGCAAUAAUGGCGGUCAUCUCUCUCCUCACUACAAUAACUCUAAUAACAGUUAUAACAACUACAAUUCCUCCUCAUCUUUGUCACGCGCAAUCCCGCCCAAACCAGCCCCGAAACCAAGCCAAGCUGCAGUGGCGAAUGCACGUCGGUAUCAAUCACCAAUGAGACCGAACAAUAUACAAAGCGUCGCAGUGCAAGUUCUCCCACCGAAGUUUCCGGUUAAGACAAGAUCGACCUCGUGCGAUCCGAAACGACUUUCAAGCCCAGCUUUUAUGGCAGGAAGCAAUGAUUUUAUCCAAGAAUCGCAUUGUGUUGUCACGCGAAUUAUUGAAAACGAAAAAGAUACUUGGACAAAUCCAGCCAACCGCCUAAAUGAUCAGCAAACUAGAUUAGCUUGGCCUACUGCGAAACAAACUAAUAAAAGUGAUGCUCAAAAUGGACUUAGCUGGCAGAGUCAAACAUCAUCAGUAGGUGUUCAAAGUGUGAAAACAUCAGCAUCUACCUUCACACCACAGACUGCAGUCAUCUGUAUUGAGGACACGGUGGAGCGUCACGAAAGCACCCUGAGUCCCUCCUCUAGUGACUCAUCAAUUUCCAUAUCAUCUGACCCUUCCCGGUCCAGCUACGUGCCGGCAUCAGCCGAGGCGGGAAAAAUAACUGCACGCAGACAGGCACUCAAUUUCAAAGAUGAACGCCGCGCUUUGAAAUCGCUCAAGCAGGUGUUAGAGAGUAUUCUGGGAGUGAGAUUGGAGAGUGAUCUGCAGGAUUCCCUCUCAGAUGGAGUCCAUCUCUGCAACUUCAUUAACGCACUCGGCAUACCUAAUGCACAAGUACAAAACAUCAGACAGCACCAAACUCAACAAGGUCCUCUGCUGGUGAAGACGCGACUGCAGAAUGCUAUUCAUUUCGUAGACGCAUGUGUUGCCGCCGGUCUUCCCCAGAACAAGAUCUGCUCCCCUUAUGAUAUCGUGGAGAAGCGCAACUUCCCCUUAGUUUGUCGCACCAUCGAGAUGCUACUCCAAACCAGUCCCAAUCCCCCGCCUUGAUCCUUCAGCUUUGCCCUCUCACUCGCUCCUUACUCUCGAAGUGUUGUUGAUUAUACAUGUGACAAGAGCCGCCAAUGACUGUAUGAUCUAGAAAAUUUGAUUAAAAAAGAAAAUUGAUAUUAAUUAUCAAAGUGCAAUAGCGCCUAACUUCACUGUCUUUUUCUACUAGACCCAUACAGUUGUUGUCGUGAAAAUAGAUAAACAUUUGAACUUAGUGCUAUCUUAGUGCUAACUGGUCAAGUAAAAACUACAAUUAACCAUGAGAAUGGGAAAAUGGUUAUCUUGAUUUCAAAUUAUUGCUGUAAUUUGAAGUGCUAUACUAGACUUCAAGUACCUGCAAAAAUUAAGCGACAGAAAGAGAUAAUUAAAUUUCUUUUUCGGUCGCUAACGAAUUAAUUUAUUUUGAUUCUUCAGGAGAGAUAUCAGUAACUGAUUUAUUAUCACCAAAAGCACAAUUCCGGAAUUUCAAUGAUUAGAGUUGCUAGCUGCUAGUUAAUUUUAUUUUUGAUCAAACGUAUCACAGUUUAUUUUUCCUUCAAUACCUUCCUUUGCAAAUGUUGCCGUCGUUUUUCAUUUUAGUUCAAUUUAUUAGGUGUCAAUGAACAUAGUCAAGAUGAAGGUAGUCUUGAUACUCAAAUUUGACUUUUCGAG